AUGAACGUGGCUGUUCUCCUCCUCCUGGGUCUGGGGCUGUUGGAAGCUGAGGGCAGGUGUUUAUUCAAUAGCACUCAGGAUCACUGUGUAUGCUACAACCUGUCCCAGGAAAGCCUAAGCAGCAUCAUCCAGUGCCUCCCAGCCUCUGUCGUGGAGUUUUCUGGGGGAGAGCUGGAGAGAUACAUAGCCUUCCCCAUCAGUGACCUGGACCCCUCCGCCAUUGAAAUGCUCGACUCCCUUGUCGUCAGGAAACUAAUUUUUGAUGAUCUCCUGGUGCCUGAGAUACUCCUCGCCCGAGUCCUGAGGUUCUUCUCCUACACCCACGUGCAGGAGCUGGUGUUUGAGAGCUGUAUUUUCAAGGGGAGAGGCAACUGGGAUGAAAUGGCUGGCAAGGACUUGCCCAUAUUGUCCCUGCGCUUCCACAACGUGACGUCUGCCCCGCUGACGGGCCGCGAGCAGGACUUCUCCAGCCUGAGCAGAUGGCUGGAGACGCUGCAGGACCUGGCUGUCACUGGCUCCCGUGUCACCAGCCUGCCCUGUGGCAUCGGAAGGGUGUUGAGAGCUCUGCGCUCCCUGGACCUGGCACAGAACAGCCUUGAGGAUGAGGGCUUGAGGGCCACCUUCUGCACAGGGGCUUUUCCUCAGCUCCAGGUGCUGAGUCUGCGGCGCAACAACCUGACAUCCUACCACGGCGUGUGCAAAAGCGUGCAGCUGCUGCGGGAGCUCCAGCAUCUAGAUCUCAGCCAGAACAAGCUCAUGGCAGACUCAUCCUCCUCCUGGCAGUGGCCAGCAACCCUCCGGAUUUUUAACUUGUCCGACACUGGCUUGGAUAAAGUCCUCACCCCUCUGCCUCCCAGUCUAGAAGUGUUGGACAUGAGCUGCAACCACCUCCAUGCCAUAGACAUCUCCCUCAGCUCCCUGAAGAAGCUCUUCCUGAGCCAAAACCUGCUGCAGGCUGCCCCCUCCAUCAGGAAUUACCCCAUGUUGGACACCCUCCACCUAGACAACAACUCCAUUGCAGAGCUGCCAUGGGAUGAGGUGAAGCUCCUGGGACAUCUGCGGGAUGUGGCUGCGGCUGGCAACCCCUACAACUGCUCCUGCUCUGGGGCCGGCAGCCUCCAGGCGCUGGCGGGUACGGGGCACCUUGGGCAGGGCUGGCCCCAGGACUACACGUGUCAGUCCCCCCCGCGCUACCGGGGCCGGCUGGUGAAGGACGUGCCGGUCUCGGUGCUGCAGUGUAACAGUGCUGCCGUGAUCGCCCCUGUCUGCAUUGCCCUGGCCCUGCUCGGCGUGGCCGCGGCCGUCUGCCUGGGCAGCCGCUUGACUGUUGAUGGUGUCUUCUGCUUGGAUGGAGGGCAGGAGAAGGUCCUGGAGUUGGCAAGACCCCAGCUGGCCUUGCUUCCCCUUGGCUACAGCGUGUCCCUGCUGCUGUGGGACCCCCAUGGCUCUGGCACCCAGCUGCCGUUCCAGAGCAUUGUCUGGCAGGUGAUUGACACCGUCUUCCAAGAGCUGGAGGCCGUGGGGGGUGAUGAACAGAGCCUGCAAACUGUCAGCCUGGUGCAGGUCUGCGCCCCCAACAAAGCCAGGGACCUGCUCCGACCUGACAGCCGAGCUCUGCAAGUGAUGGAUGUUGCACCCUUGGGCCUGAUGGUGGAGGAGGCAAUGGAAAUUGCUGUGCUCGAUGCGCAGGCUGCCAUCAGUGUUUAUGCCCGGGGACUGGGUGCUAUCCUGGCACUGCAGCCCCCUGCAGAUGGGUGCUUGGCCAUGCAGGGCACCAGCAGCCUCUUCACUCUCACAGUGGAACGGGAGCUGGGAAGCGGCGGGCGUCAGCGCUCAGCUCUCAGGAUCCUGGCAUCCGCCGGGGCCAUUGGGCCCUGCCCUGAGCUGUACGUACCAGAGCUGCGGCUCUGCACUGGGGCUGAGCUGGGACCCCUCUCCAGCACCUCCGUGGUGCCUGCUCUGGGGUUGGGGGGGAUUCGGUACCCAGAGCUAGGAGCCGCCCUGGGGCUGGCCAAGCGGGCGAAGGGGCUGGCCAAGAGGAUCUCAGCCACCCUCUGGGACCCAGCACAAGAGGUCAGAGCGCGUCGAAGGGAGAUCCGGGGGCUGCGGAUGGAGCUGCUGGCUGAGGCUGGCCUCCUGGGGCAGAAGAUGGCCGUGGCCCAGCUGCGGAGAGCCCUGCAGGAGCUGCAGGACCGUGUCUCCACAGGGAAUGCAGCACUGAGACAGCAGCCUGGGGCCCAAAUGCCACUGACUGGUGCCAGUCCGGAGCUGGCAGGGGGGCGGGAAGCAGCCGGGGCCCAAAUGCCGCUGACUGGUGCCAGUCCGGAGCUGGCAG